AUGCCUAUUUACACAGUUCCUGCCAGAAGCCCUGCUGGGACACGAUGCACUGUCGCUUUACAGAAGGCUUCCUCGAAUGACACCUUUGCCAGCAGGAAAGCAUCUGGGCAGCAGCUGAAGGCACAGGUGUUGGGAGAAGAAAAGAAUACUCUACUUCCAUGUUCUCAGAAUAAGACUGAGGAAGUAAAUAGGACCUACGUGAUUUCAGCUUGUGAAAAAGUGGGUGACGCGUCAACUACUUUUACAUCUGAAGGCAGGUUAACCCUUCGGAGGAGAACUGGAGCAAGCAAAAAAUUAGUGUCCAGUAGUGAACUGUUGCAUACAAACACAACACAGGGCAUGGAAGAGCUACAAACGGAGAAAAGGCUUACCCUGCGCAGGCGUGUGAGGACUGGCUCCGCUGGGAAGAGUAAUAGCAAUCAGAAUAUUGUGCCUAGAAAAGAAAACUUACCAGCUGAUGCACAAAGAAAUGACAAGAUUACACUUCCACAGAAUAUUAAUGAUACUGAUGUUGUUAAACCAAGCUUGAAGUUAGCUGAGAGUCAAUCCAGUACCAAAUUGCAGUGUAACCUCAACAGCAAGGGUUCCUUGGGCUUUGUUGAUGGUGUCUGUAAAAAUGUUGUCUCCACGUGUUUAAAAGAGAAGACAGGCACUGCUGAUACAAAAUUUCAAAAUGAAGUUCCUAAAUCGGAACAAUUAGUUACCUCAAAAUGUAUUAAUAGUCUAUCAGGAGAUCUGAAUGAAAAAGGCAAUAUAAAUAAGGUAGCUGGAAAGCAAAGGGUACAGCACAUAAUGAUAAAACAUAACAGCUUAGAAAGACCGAGGACACCAGCAAAAGGUUUAACAGAAGGGUUGAAGCUUACACCAAAGAACAGCACCUCUCAAGAUCAACUGUCUCUCAAAUUGGCCUCAAAUGAGCGAACACCUCAUCUUCAAACUUUAGCCAAAAAGACCCCUAGUGUCUCCAGCUCUCUUCCUGGGAGGAGAAGUUCAGAAACAGAAGUGAACACAGAAGCUUUAGCUGAGAGCAGCGGAACUGAGGGAGAUGUUUUCAAAGUGAAAAACAGCAAAGUGAUUGUGGCUGUGCGGGUACGGCCCUUCAGUAACAGAGAGAAAACUGAAAACUCACCCCCUGUAAUCUCCAUGAGUGGUUCAGAGACGACUGUACAAAAUCCAUCCACAAACCAAGUUUACAGCUUCAGUUAUGACUUCUCCUUCUGGUCUUUUGACAAGUGUCAUCCUAAUUUUGCAAGCCAAGCAGUUAUUUAUCAAGCUUUGGCAGUGCCACUCCUUGAAAGAGCUUUUGAGGGAUACAACGCUUGUCUUUUUGCUUAUGGGCAGACUGGUUCUGGAAAAUCAUACACGAUGAUGGGAUUUGAUGAAGACCGAGGAAUAAUUCCAAGACUUUGUGAAGAUCUUUUCAACCAAAUAGCACAGAUGGACAAGGAACAGAUUUUGUAUCAUCUUGAAAUGAGCUUCUUUGAAAUAUACAACGAGAAAAUCCAUGAUUUGCUUGUCUUUAAAGCUGAAAAUGGACAGAAAAAACAGCAACUUCGUGUAAGAGAACAUCCAGUGUUAGGACCAUAUGUGGAAGGCCUGACAGUGAAUGUUGUUCGUUCUUACUCUGAUAUUCAGAGUUGGCUUGAACUGGGAAAUAAGCAGAGAGCAACAGCUGCUACGGUAAUGAAUGACAAGAGCUCCAGAUCUCAUUCUGUCUUCACCCUUGUCAUGACGCAGACCAAGGUAGAAUUUGUGAAUGAAGAGCAGUGUGAUCGUAGGCUUACCAGUCACAUCAAUUUAAUUGAUCUCGCUGGCAGUGAGUGCUGUGCAAAAGCUCAGACCACUGGAGAGAGGCUGAAGGAAGGUGUGAGUAUCAAUAAAUCGCUGUUAACCCUUGGAAGGGUUAUUUCUGCGCUCUCUAAACAAUUUCAAAAUGGAAAGAAAACUUUCAUUCCUUACCGGGAAUCUGUCCUUACUUGGUUGUUGAAGGAAAGUCUUGGUGGGAAUUCCCAGACGACGAUGAUUGCCACGGUGAGUCCAGCUGCCAGCAGCACGGAGGAAACGCUCAGCACCCUUCGCUAUGCAAAGCAAGCUUGUUCAAUUAUCAACGUUGCUAAAGUGAAUGAAGAUGUAAAUGUGAAGUUAAUCAGAGAAUUGAAAGCUGAAAUUGAAAGGAUGAAGGCAGCUCAGAAAAGUGCUCUGAACACUGAUCGUGAAAAAUACAGGCGUUAUUUGCAGGAAAUAACAUCUUUGAGGGUAGAGCUGCACCAGCAGGAGAGGAACAUGGCAGAAAUGCAAAGGGCCUGGAAAGAAAAAUUUGAACAAGCAGAAAAAAGGAAAUUGGAAGAUAUAGAGGAAUUGCAGAAAGCUGGAAUUGCAUUCAAAAUGGACAAUCAUUUACCAAACCUUGUCAAUCUCAGUGAAGAUCCUCAGCUUUCUGAGGUGCUGUUGUAUAUGAUCAAAGAAGGAGAAACUACAGUUGGAAGGUGUAAACCAAAUUCAAAACAUGAUAUCCAGCUUUCUGGAGUGCUGAUUGCUGAUGACCAUUGCGUUAUAAAAAAUGCUGUCGGCCAAGUAAGUAUUAUUCCACUGAGAGAAGCAAAGACAUAUGUAAAUGGGAAAUGCAUUUUGGAGCCAACAGUUCUGCAUCACGGUGAUCGAGUGAUCCUUGGGGGAGACCAUUAUUUCAGGUUUAAUCAUCCAGCAGAGGUUCAGAAAGUUAAAACACCUUCUUGUGGGACCACGUGCUUGCAUGAUGGUCCAAAAGAUUUUGAAUUUGCGAAGAACGAGCUGCUUAUUGCACAGAGAACACAUCUGGAAUCAGAAAUUGAAGAGGCUCGGCUCAAAGCCAAGGAAGAAAUGAUGCAAAGUGUCCAGAUUGCAAAAGAGAUGGUUCAACAAGAGCUGACCUCACAAAAAGAAGCUUAUGAAAGCAAAAUAAAGUCACUGGAAGCAGAGGUGAGAGAAGAAUCUCGUAAGAAGCAAAUCCAAGAAAUGAAUAACCAAAAAGCUGCAACUAAAAUACAGGAGCUAGAGAAGGCAAAGCAAAACCUAGAGCUAGAACUACAAUUCAAUAAGAAACGUUUAGAAAUGGAGACCUUGGCUACCAAGCAGGCUCUAGAAGACCAUACUAUUCGUCAUGCAAAGAUACUGGAAGCUCUGGAAGCUGAGAAGCAGAAGAUUGCUGAAGAAAUACACACUCUCCAGAAGAACCGUGGGAGUGGGAACAGAACAAUGACAAUUCCACUGAACUGGAAGUCUCUGAAGCUGUCUGUGAUGGUCAAAGAGGCCAAUGCCAUUAGUAAUGCAUUGGGGAAGAACACUGUUUUCUGCAGGCACGAUAAAAUUGAUGAUAAAACGGGAGCAGUGUCUGCUGUGCAGGUGCAGGUUCGUAACAUCAAGCUGGGAAUAGCAACUUUUUGGAGUCUAGAGAAAUUUGAAUGCAAACUAGCAGCAAUGAAAGAACUGUAUGAGAGUAAUGAUAGAAAUAAAGCUGCCGAUGUGUUUUAUGAUCCUGCUGAUGAGUGGGAACCUGACCUUUCAGACACAUCAGUUUCUUCUCUUUCCAGAAGAAGAAGUAGAAGUUUCAUGAAGAACAAGAGAAUUUCUGGAUGUUUGUCUGAGAUAAAAUUGCAACCCAUUCAGAAUAUACAGACUUCCUAUAUAUCAGGUUCACAGAGCAAGUCCAGCAUAUGCCCAAACUUUUCUGAAUCGUUUCUUCCUGGAAUAUGCAAGGAAUCUAUAAGUUCAGCUUUAGAUUUACUGGAACAGAAUCAUGAAGCAGGAAAAAGCAUAGCAGACAAUCUCCUAAGUAACUUGUUUAUAAUUUUUUCUGGAGUGUCUGCCAUUUCAAAAGCCUAUGAACAGCAAGAUGAAGAAUGUCAAGAAAACUUUUUCAAUCUUGAUCCUGCUGCUCAGUCCUACAGCAUCAGAAUUAUCUCUGCUUUUGACCAGAUUGUGGUUCUAAGCAAACUCUGGCUUAACAAUAUCCAAAAGUGUCCUGGAUCUAUAAAGGUUGAUGAAGAAAUGAAACGGGAAAUCAAGAACUUGGGAGGUUAUUUACAGUUACUGUUGCAGGGGUGUUCUUCAGAUAUAUCCUCGAUGGUAACAGAAGCCUGGAGCAAAGUGAACCAAACAGUAAAACAAACAAUGAAAUACAUAGGACACUUGGCAGUAGUCACAACAGCUGAUAUUUCAUUUCCUGAAGAGAACAAUAUUCCCGUGUCUAAUCUACAGGAAUUUGUACUUGCCAUUUAUGAUGGAGUAGGCUCGGGACUGGAGUUCCUCAUUGAUACUGUACAGGAGAGAGCAAGAACAGUACAGAAAAAACUUGUGAAACAACGUCCACAAAAUGAGAUUCAAAAUCGGAUAAAGGAUAACGUUGUGGCAUUAGCCAGAUUGCUUGAAAAUAACAUCUCUUACUGCAGAAAGAAAGAAAUAGAAUCUCAGUUACUGGAGGAAGAAUCUUUGUAUCGAGAAAUAAAGAAAAGCACUAAAAUUGCUGCGAAAUAUUUGGAAUUGGAGCAGUGCCUAACUGAAGUCUGUCGAGUUGUUUCUUCCUUGUUACAAGGGUUGUACAGAAACACAAGCCCCCUCAGGAGCUUUGCAGAAAAUAUUUCUGUCAUAGGUGGAUAUUUUAACAACUAUUUCAGUUUGUUUGCCUUGUCUUCUGCAAACAAUCCUAUCCAGAAGACACCUCGACCUUUUAUGAACCUGGAUGAGCUGGACUCUCUGGUUGAUUCCCUUAUUAUGAAUUUUGAACUUGAACAAGGACAGCCAUCACUGCAAUCUCAAACUGUUUGUAAUGAAACUACUGAGACUCAAGGAGGACAGGUUGAAACAGGUGAAGUUGCUUGGAAGUGGAAUGGGACUCCAGAACACACACAAACUCCAGAGCUUUCACCUGGUACGAUAGAGUGGGUGUAAAAGGUUAUUAUCAACAAAUGAAAGGAAACUCUUUCCUAUUUGUGUGAAGGGAAAGUAACAUAUACCACAGAAAGCUAAAAUUUAUUACUAAUAUUAGUGAGUGAGUGGUGUGAAAGUAAAUGACAUGUUUGUAUGAGGAUGGGUACCCUAUAUUUCACCAAAAAAAAA